AUGUGAGUGUCGGUGAACUUGCCUUGCAAAGUCAUUAGUAGGCAGCAGAUUUUGUAUGUCGAUAUAAUUUGAAACUGUAUUUGUUGUUUUUGUCUGUAAAAGUUUUCUCUGAGAUGAUUCAAGCUUUGAAAAGCGUCAGACACAUGACAUCCGGAACAAUAAAACAGACAGUUUCAGAGCUCUCUAUACCACUACCUUGGGGAGAAAUCAGAGGCAAAAUCUGGGGUCCAGAUCAUGGCCGUCCGGUUCUGUGCCUCCAUGGCUGGGCGGAUAACUGUGGAACAUUCAACACCCUCAUUCCCCUUCUACCCAAAGACUUCAGAUAUGUGGCGAUGGAUCUGCCGGGUCACGGCUGCUCAUCACAUCGUCCGCCUGGAAUUCUGUACAGCUUUCUCUCCUACGUGAUGGAUGUGCGCAGAGUUGUUGACGCUCUGCGGUGGAGCAAAUUCUCCAUCAUCGGCCACAGCAUGGGUGGCAACAUAGCUGGGACGUUCAGCGCUGUUUACCCUGAGAUGGUGGACACUGUUGUACUGGUGGACUCCUUUGGAUUUUUACCUACAGACUUGAAAGAGCUGCCAGAAAUCCUGAAGCAGGGGAUGGAUGGGAUGUUAGAGAUGGAAAAGCAGAGUAAAGAAAAGCCACCAAAGGUUUAUAGCUAUGAGAAGGCUGUUGAGAGGCUCAUGGCUGGAAACGAAAGUCUGACUGAAAAGUCUGCAAAAAUCCUUUUAGAGCGAGGCCUGGUUCAAGUCGAAGGAGGUGUGGUAUUCUCUCGAGACAUGCGUCUGCAUUUGAGAAACAUUGUUCGCUUCAGUUUGGAGCAAAAUCUGGAUUUUCAGUCAAGAAUUGAAGCCUCGGUUCUAGUUGUUCUGGCAGAAGGUGGAUUUGGAAAACUAUUAAGUGAAGACGAUAAGAAGAAAUUUCUGUCACAAAUUAUUCAGGGCUACAAGGACAAAAAUCACACGGUGGUGAGCGUUCCAGGCAAUCAUCACGUCCACCUGAAUAAUCCUGAAGUUGUUGCUCCAGUCGUGUCAAACUUCCUGAUGAGCGAACUGCUUACUCAAUCAACGAGAUCAGAUGUUCAUACUUCCAAAUUAUAGGAAGCACAGACUAGUAUUAUUCAUUGAACACAAAUCAUUUCAAACUACUAAAUUUAACAACUUUUAAUCUGUAGUUGUGAGUUUUUUUAUUACCACAGCAUUAUUUUACACUCACUUUUGUGCCAAAAUCUCAUUUGUCUAAUUGCCUUAGCCAUCGGGUUCACACUUCAAGUGUUUAAUGAGCUGUAUAAGCUGCAGUCCCAUUAGCCAGGAAACAAUAAUGUCUGUUAAUCAAAGGUUCAAUUUUGAAUUUUCUAUGUUUACAAGAGUUUGUUUACAAGUGUUUGUACUAUUCUUAGCGUAAGUAGUCAUCAGUAAUCAUCUUAAAGUUACUUUUCAGUGUCUGAUAAUUAAACAUCUUCACAUCAAAAUAACAGUAAAUUCAUUGUUACUGUAUAAAAAUUUGUACUUUUCAAAGUGAUACAAACUUCUUCUUUUUUUUUUGGAAAUUAUCAAAUUCCUAAAAUGUAAUUUCUCUUAGGAUAUAUCUUUAAAUAAAAGGAGUUUUAGCUCUUUAGUGGCAUUUAACAUGAUAGGAAACAAAACUAUUUUUGAUUUAUUAUAAAACAAGUCAGAACUUUUAAGGUCUGUAAAGUUUGGAGAAAGAAAUGUUUUGAAUUUAAAGCUCAUUAACAGUUGUGAAAAUAGCAGAUUAUAGCAUCUUUUAGCAGUCAGAGAGGGCAAACUUAACUCUUCACGUAGCAUUAACAUCAGCUACAGUAGCUAAAAGGAGUGAAUCUGUGGAUGGAUCAACAUGAUCUGGUCUCAGCUGUCAGUUUUUUUUUUCUAUGAAAAUAUUUUAGUGCCUUUAAUGUAUUUUGACCUUCUGACUGCAGACGCAUUGAGGAAAUUCAUUUUGCUAGCAGUCAUAAAAUAAAAGUCUCUGCUCUUGUUUUUA